GAAAUAUUUCCUGUUUUCUUCCAUGAAAGACGUUUGGUGAAGAUCUGUUUUUCUUCCGCACUGAUGUAUUUCACUAUGAAAAAUUUCAAGCAAUGCAGAAAACUCAAAUUAUUCAGUAACUACCCAACUACCUACACAGCAAUAAAUUUUAAGGAACAGAGAAACUGAAAUGGUCAAGUUGGAAAACCAGCAUAAAUACAUGUACCAGAAUAUUAAGCUCCUGUUUUCUGGCUAGACCUGUGAUCAUACCUGUGAGACUUCAUUGAAAAUUUUAUCAAGCGUCUUCCUCAUCCCUGGCAUAUAAUCCUUCAACAUGGACCUGCUGCUUUAGCUAAGAUAUGACCAGCAAUGAAUAGUAGGAAGAUAUGUGCUGAUUAGAAGGCUUACUUGUGCAGUGUGGAGAAUAAGACAGUGCCUUACAAAAAUGGGGUUUGGGAGUGACCUGAAGAAUUCACAUGAAGCUGUGUUAAAAUUGCAAGACUGGGAAUUACGGUUACUGGAAACAGUGAAGAAAUUUAUGGCCCUGAGGAUAAAAAGUGAUAAAGAAUAUGCAUCUACUUUACAGAACCUUUGUAAUCAAGUUGAUAAGGAAAGUACUAUCCAAGUGAAUUAUGUCAGCAAUGUAUCCAAGUCUUGGCUGCUUAUGAUUCAGCACACGGAACAACUGAGUAGGAUAAUGAAGACGCAUGCAGAGGACCUAAAUUCUGGGCCCUUACACAGGCUCACCAUGAUGAUCAAAGACAAGCAGCAGGUGAAGAAAAGUUAUAUAAGUGUUCAUCAGCAGAUAGAGGCAGAGAUGAUUAAGGUUACAAAGACAGAAUUAGAGAAAUUAAAAUCCACCUAUAGACAAUUAAUAAAAGAAAUGAAUUCUGCCAAAGAGAAAUAUAAAGAAGCUUUAGCUAAAGGGAAAGAAACUGAAAAGGCCAAGGAACGAUACGACAAAGCUACAAUGAAACUUCAUAUGUUGCAUAAUCAAUAUGUAUUGGCAUUGAAAGGGGCACAGCUUCAUCAGAGUCAGUAUUAUGACACCACACUUCCUCUGCUUCUGGACUCCCUACAAAAGAUGCAGGAAGAAAUGAUAAAAGCACUAAAAGGCAUAUUUGAUGAAUACAGCCAAAUAACUAGUCUUGUUACUGAGGAAAUAGUAAAUGUCCAUAAAGAGAUUCAAAUGUCGGUUGAGCAGAUAGACCCUAGCACAGAAUACAAUAAUUUUAUAGAUGUUCACAGAACUUCAGCUGCUAAAGAGCAAGAAAUUGAGUUUGAUACUUCCUUACUAGAAGAAAAUGAAAAUCUUCAGGCAAAUGAGAUUAUGUGGAAUAAUUUAACAGCAGAAAGUUUGCAAGUAAUGUUGAAAACUUUAGCAGAGGAACUUAUGCAGACACAGCAAAUGCUUUUGAACAAGGAAGAAGCUGUCCUGGAGCUAGAGAAAAGAAUUGAGGAAUCUUCUAAAACCUGUGAAAAGAAGUCUGAUAUUGUGCUUCUGAUAAGCCAAAAACAGACACUUGAAGAGCUGAAACAGUCAGUGCAGCAGCUGAGGUGCACCGAGGAAAAGUUUACAGCACAGAAAGAAUUACUAGAGCAAAAAGUGCAAGAAAAUGAUGGAAAAGAGCCACCUCCGGUAAUAAAUUAUGAAGAAGAUGCACGAUCAGUUACAUCUAUGGAAAGGAAGGAGAGGCUAUCCAAAUUUGAAUCUAUUCGUCAUUCAAUUGCUGGAAUGAUUAGGUCUCCAAAAUCUGCAUUGGGCUCUUCAGCAUUCUGUGAUACGAUCUCCAUAAGUGAGAAGCCCCUGGCGGAACAGGAAUGGUACCAUGGUGCAAUUCCCAGAAUAGAAGCACAGGAUCUGUUAAAACAACAAGGGGACUUCUUGGUGCGAGAGAGCCAUGGGAAACCUGGUGAAUAUGUCCUUUCUGUAUAUUCUGAUGGACAGAGGAGACACUUUAUCAUACAAUAUGUUGAUAAUUUGUAUCGAUUUGAAGGCACUGGUUUUUCAAACAUUCCUCAACUUAUAGAACAUCACUAUACAACAAAACAGGUCAUCACUAAGAAAUCAGGUGUAGUGCUGCUGAAUCCUAUUCCUAAGGAUAAGAAGUGGGUCCUCAAUCAUGAAGAUGUCACAUUGGGAGAAUUACUGGGCAAGGGAAAUUUUGGUGAAGUAUUUAAGGGCGUAUUAAAGGAUAAAACUGCUGUUGCUGUUAAAACAUGUAAAGAAGAUCUUCCUCAGGAACUGAAAAUAAAAUUUUUACAAGAAGCUAAAAUUCUCAAGCAAUAUGAUCAUCCCAACAUUGUCAAGCUUAUCGGAGUCUGCACGCAAAGACAGCCCAUCUACAUCAUUAUGGAACUGAUUCCAGGAGGUGAUUUCCUUUCCUAUCUAAGAAGAAAGAAAGAUGAAAUAAAAACCAAACAAUUGGUGAAAUUUGCAUUAGAUGCUGCCUCCGGUAUGUCAUAUCUUGAGAGUAAAAACUGUAUACACAGGGAUCUUGCUGCAAGAAACUGCCUGGUAGGUGAAAAUAAUGUUCUGAAAAUCAGUGACUUUGGAAUGUCUCGUCAAGAGGACGGUGGAGUGUAUUCAUCUUCUGGCUUAAAGCAGAUUCCCAUUAAAUGGACAGCACCAGAAGCUCUUAACUAUGGGAGAUACAGUUCGGAGAGUGACGUGUGGAGCUUCGGCAUCCUCCUCUGGGAGACCUUCAGUCUUGGGGUCUGCCCGUACCCUGGAAUGACGAAUCAGCAAGCGCGCGAGCAGGUGGAAAGAGGAUACCGGAUGUCAGCCCCUCAGCACUGUCCAGAGGAUAUCUUUAAACUUAUGAUGAAGUGCUGGGAUUAUAAACCUGAAAACCGCCCCAAAUUUAGUGACCUUCAGAAAGAGCUCACUGUCAUCAAGAAGAAGAUCACAUAGUGAUAGGACAGUGCCAAACGCAGCCUUUGGGACUCGCUCCUCCAGCAGAAUAAUAAUGUUCUUCACAUUAACAAUAAGUUUAUACCACGUUACCUGCAACAGUUUGAUAAGGUUAUGUUUUUUAUUAACUAUUUUUUAAAAAUACGUGCCACUUUUUUAAAAAAGGCAAAGGCAAAUGCAUUCAAGAAACAGUCCUACCAAGGGCUUUAUUAGCUCACCGCAGCAAUCCCAUUUCAGGCCACUGUAAAUAGAAAAAGCACAGGCUCUAAUGUGAGGGAGAACAGAUCUCUUUCUCCCACCACGAUCAUGAUGCUUCUCAAAGCUUCCCUACGUCAGCAGCACUGCUCCCAGCUGCUGUCCUGUGCCUCCCGCCCGACUCGGUGCUGUAGCUGCCUUGGCAAUGCUGUGUUUGCAGGACACCUUCCAGCCAGAACUGGCCCUCUGCUCUGCCAAGGCAAGUUUAUAUUUGUAAACCUCAUUUAUAUUGGGAAUUACUUGGCCCUCCUGGGGUUUUUCUUUUCUUUAUUGCCAGAAAUAAGUGCAGUGUAAGAAUCGUCACUCUCCUAUGUUAUUAGUGAGGUGUUCGUUUCCCUCCUCUGUUUAGGCAUCAAAAACCAGUGCAUGAGAUGCCUCAGAAGGCAGGAGGGGGGAAGGGAGAAAAGAGAAGCAAAGGAAAAUGUAAAAUGUCUUUGUAUCCAAGUUACGCCUUUACAAACACACACACACCCUUUUGAUUUUAUGGUUUGGCUUCACAAAGCAGGUUCUGUGACAUGUUUUUCAGGAGAUCACAGAAAAAGCUUUCUUAAUGGCAACACAAAUUUUUUUUUUGGAAAAACCACAAAGCUCAAGUCCAUAGAACCAACAGAAUACCUUUGGUGAACUACCUUCACCUCAGAGGGGCCAUCCCAGAAUGAACACCCUUCACUGGCACCAGUCUCCUGAGCUGUCAGAAUUCCACGAUCCUAGUUCAGAAACACGGGCACGUGUGCACGUAUACACACUACUGAGAAGCAAGGCAGGUGGGAAUGGAGUAGGUGGUUAAGACAACAAAUGGACACUGUGAGGAAAAAGCUAGGGGACAACUCUUGUGUUUCCACCUUCCCCCUUGUUACCCUUCCACUUCUACCAGGAAAUUCUCAUCCUCGGCUGACAGGUGUGCAAGCACUGUUCUGGAGAUGCUUUGUAUGAAUAUGCAACAGUCAGAUGUAGGAUUCUGUUGAGCUAAACCUUUGCUGCAUCCAGGGAGCUUACCACGUUUUCUGUAUAUAGUUGCCUCUCAGGAUAAAUGUGUGUGGAAGAGGUGGUCACGCUCAGGGGUAAAUGUGCCUUGGGAGCUUUUAAUAAGUGCUCAGGCGUGUGUCCAGAUAAAUAGCACCUUAGUGAUUAUUUGGUCUUUGUUUAUUGGAAGAGCUUAUGGGAUAGAAAAUUCCUCCUGCCCAAUCCAACUGUUUGCUGCCUGUGAAUAUCACUGCACAGAACUCCACUCAGCUCUCUGAAAAGUGGAAAGGAUAACACUGAACAGGAAAAUGCUUUGUGUCUAUCAUUUCAAUCUCCUUGAAAGUUUUGUAUGCAUUUAAUGAUUACUACAUUCAGACUAAAGUAAAUGCAUAAUAAACUUGCCCUCAAAAACAUAUUGCAAUAUUCAAAGCCAGCACUGUUUUCACUUCUGUCAAAUAUUGUAAAUAAAUGGAACUCUCUUUUGAUGGCAUACACUGUGGUGAAUCAGAGCAUAGGCUCAUGGAUUGAAAUUAGGUGCUGUGGUCUUCAGGCCCUUUCCACCCUUCAAAUGUAAGGAUAGGAUGGGGACAUUUCCACUCUGUCAGUAUUUCUAGGUGAACCUUUCCAUAAUAGCCUUUGUUUAUAGAAACCAGCUUCCCAUCACUUAGCAGCAUCAAUGCUAAGCUCUCAGCAAGGAGAGAAAAUGAUGGUUUGGGCUUUAAUUUUGUAAAUAAGACCUGAGGCUUAAUCUGUGCAUUCUGGUUUAAAGAAGGAACGUGGCAGUUCACUCAUCGCAGCUGUUAGAGUUUACAAUUCACAUCAUUACUCUGUGCUUAAAUUAAAGACACUUUUCAAAGCAUCAUGACAUAUGCAGCAUUUAAAUUCUAUUUUAUUCUUUGUCCCAAAGCAGGCAGUGGUAUAGUUCAGGAUUAGUAACUCACCAAGAGUCUUUCAGGAGUGUAUCAGUUGUAUAGAAUAUUAAAUUUAAUAUAGGCACAUGCAUCAAGAACUUAUGCAAACCACUUUUACUGCUAAUUUUCUUGCACUUAAAGCAUAAUUUAUUCAUCCUUUCUGUCACUGAUAAUUGUUGGAAUUAUGUACUUUAGGAAGCUAAUCCAUACCCAAAAAGCACACAAAUACUGUUCUGAAUUUGCAAGUCAAUGUAGGAAAAGAAGGCUUCAAGUUUGCACAAAAUCCUAUGACUUGUUUAGUAAGAAAACAGUUGUAACCAAAAUUGCCACUGGUCUGAAUGUAAUUAAGCCAGGUCACAAAUCUGUGUGUUGUUAAUGGAUUUUUUAAGAGUUACAUUUAUCACUCCCAGACAGUUCCCAUCACAACCCCUUAAAUUAUGAAUACGGCAGGGCAGGAGGCACUCAGGAGGCCUGGAUCUCUCCACCUUUAUCUCAAAUCACUAAAGAAGCUUUAUGAAAAAUAUUUAGCUAGCAUCAUUUUUCAAGGAAAGAAAUCUUAAAUCUUUUAAUGUCAAAUUAACAUUCAUUACCAACAUGCAAAACCUAAAAUUAAUUUUGCGUUUGAGUAAUCUGAGUUUACUUCCCAAAGCCAAUGCAUCCUUUCUCUUCCAAGAAAAUAAAGGAUUAACAAGUUUUUCCCAAACUUUCAAAAUCACAGUCUUUAUUUCAGCCCAUCCUGCCACUAGGUACCCAGUGAAAGGCCUCAUAUAAUCAUUUCUCUUUUCUUGCCCAAAUUUAAUGUAAGCAAUAAAGUUUUUCAUUCAUAAUUUACUGCCUUACCACAAAUACAAUAUUAUUUAAACAUCUUACAAGCAGAUGAGCAUAGACCAUGAGGCAAAUCAUAUUAGCUGUCGUUCAGUGCACAUUUUGCAAUGUUUUUUUUCAUUUGAGGGUUAUUUUAAGAAGAAAAAAUGUUUAGUCACUGAAAUAGAUUUAAUUUUCUUUAAAUCACAAUAUGGUCUUCUUAUCUAUGUAAUACUCGUGUUUCAGUAUCACCAUAUAGUUUAUAUCAAGUUUGGCUAAUGCCACUAAAAUAACCAUGGCUUCACCACACUGGUGUGAGAUUAUGUCAGGAAGAAAGUGUUUUAGUUACACAUUGCACACCAAGGACCUUGUAGUGGGAGAAACGUGAAAAUCAGAGUGCACCACCACCUGUCCAGACUGCGUGUUCCUGUCACUGGGAGAUCUCUCAGUUCCUCCACUUCAUAAUUCAUUUUUGCGAAGUGAGAUCAAUUGAAAUUUUCGGAAAAGAGGUUGUGUGCCUCAGCCCCUUUUAUCCCCACGUACUCUCUUGAUCACACCAUUGGUAUUUAAAAUGUUUUUUUAUCAACAAAAUUGAUUGUCCAUAACCACUGUCCUGAGUCAUGUAAAGACUGGCUUUUGUAUUUAGGAGGUCAGAGGUCUCACACAAAACAGAGGAUAUUGCAAAAUAAAAAGAGCAACAAAGGGGCAGAAAAUUGAAAGACACUUUUCUUUAUGUAUUAAUAUGUUCAUUAAAUAGAAAUAUUUUAUAUGAAAAUAAGUUUAUAUUACUUUUCCAUUAUAUUAUUAAGUUAGCAUAAAAGUUUACCAUUAAAAUAAAGUGUUACCUCUUUUAUUACUUUGAUUUGCUUAUACAUACCAGAAAUUUUAUUAAAUAUUUUAUUUUUCUGUUUUGAUGAGUUUCAUAUCAAGUCUGAAUAUUAUACAAGUUGGAAGAAUCCAGAAUUGUGUAUUCAUUUUUGCAAAACAAAAUACUCAUGUACCAAGAUUACCUACUUGAAAGAGAGAUUGGUACAGUCUUACAGUCCCAUGAAGUUCUCCUUUAAAAAAUCAUGCUAUGAUAUAAAAGAUAUAUAAGCUAUAUAUCUUAGUCAUAAUUCAAUUUAAGAAAAUAUUUAUUACCCAUUGAAAACCAUCCUAGUGCCUCAUGCUAAUUCAAAGAUUAAAUUCUGAAUUGUUAAGUAUAGACCCUAAGACUCACUUAGCUGCCUAAUAAGGACUGAGUUUCUUGGGUAGUAGAAAAAUCUGCUCUUCUGAAUUCCCAGUCACUUUAAACUGCAGAGGUGUAAUGAGCACAGGCUUCUGUGUAUCUGUUAACAAGGAGCUGAGGCAAGCAUGUGCAGAGGCAAAGAGAAGGAACCAAUUAUUCUAAGACAGGAUGAUGCAGCCACUGUGGAGAGUGUGGAAUAAUUAAAGAGGAACAAAGACUUGGACAGUGUCACUAGAAAGCUUAAGGAAAUCAAUGCCACCGAGCCAGAUCCUUUCCUAUAGAAAAUUAAAAAGAUAACGGAGCCAAAAGAAACCGUAGAAGUCACCUACCAGUGUGUGGGGGAAGAGCAAACACCUCUCCCCCUUACAUCGAGAGCAGCUUAUAUCCCUAGCUCAGAGAUGGUGCUGCGCCAAGCGACAUUUAUACUCAUUGUCUUAGCAAUUAAAGGAUUGGCUCAUAUGUCUUCAAAAUUUUAGAGACUAUUCAAAGUCUCUUUACAUUUGCAUUAGCUAUAUUUAAUUUUUCUUGAACUAUAAUCACUGCUUCUUCAUACCUUACUGGAAAUCUUUGGUUGCUAUAGGACUUAACCUAGGCUAGUCUCCUAAAAGAAAGCAUGCUUAUUUCAGCCCUACUUCACCUUUUGACUAAUGUUAACUAAUUGGCGCCUAGACUUACCAUAUUUUGCCAUGUAUCAUGUGCCCUUUUUGCCCAAAUUUUUGAGGGAAAAAUGAGGAUGCACAUUAUACAUGGGUAGUACUAAUUCCAUAUCUGUAAAUUUUUUAAUUACUUUAUGGUUAUGUAUUAAGUGUAAUUGUAGAAAGCAAUAACAGUAUAUGUUCAAAACUAAAUGCUAAAAUUCCUCUAUAAUAUAAAAAACAAGAAUCUAAAUAUUAAAAAAAAUGGAAAUUGAAUUAAAAAUUAAAAUGAAAGACUUUUGUCCCCUGGAAGUUUGGGCCAAAAACUUGAGUGCGCAUUAUACACGGAAAAAUACGGUACCCUCAGAAGGCCCUUAACUGUGAUGACCUCUGAGAAAACACGGAAUUAAGCAGGGAAGAAAGAAAAUACCAAUUCAAUAGCAAUGAGCCAUGACUUUACACUGGUAACAUUGAAGGGAAUGGAAUCUUAGAAACAUCCUAGGCCAGUCCUAGUGCAGCACCACGGAUGAUAGACACAGGCACAGAGAAUGAGACAUCCAAACAGGAAGAUGAAGGACAUGAAGGGAAAUGACAAAGUACCAGCCCAAAGUGACUCAAAAGCUAACGUCCCAGCAAAUAAAUGCAGUGUUAAUAAAGGAAAGCUAAUCCUCAAAAGAGAGUUUUUGAGGCACUUCCUGCUGCCUGUUAUUUAAUGUUACAUGCUUCUCAAGUCUCUACAACAUUUCUUAAAGAGCACUGAAUUGGAUAUUGAUUUGAUUUUGUUUAUGAUCCCCAUAAUCUCAGGAGGUAGCUGCUGUUGAAUAAGAAUUGCCCUCACUCGAUUUUCUGGUAAGGCCGCAGACACAGCAGAGGUUCAGCCCACUCCCUAAGCCUUGGGAAGCUCAGUGACAUCACACAUGUGCCUGGGGUAGCCAGCGUUGGAGGACGUGCGCUGUGGAAGCUCCUACUUUUUAUUUUAUUAAAGGAAAAAUGUCUUGCAGGUGUCUAAUGCUUGCAACAUGAAGGCAGACUUAGCUUCCCUCCUUGCUAGCAAACUAGCCAAGAGCCCCAAUAGAAGAAUAUUUAGGACUCACUCUAAAAAGAUUUGAACCUAGAAUUUCUAAACUAUCUUCCCAAACAUCACCAUGAGGCCAGCAGAUGUGACUGUCGUACAAAGUAAUAGAAUAUUGUAAGUGAUAGUAACAACCCUGGUAGCAGAAUUUCGUAAUGUGUUUUUCCUCAGCUUUAUCCAUUUACAAGCUUUUCUUAAACUUCUGCCACGUCCAGGUGCAAGGAACCAUGCUGGGUGCUAGUUUUUCUAGGGUGGUUGUUUUUUGGGUUUUUAUUUAUUUUUAUUAUUGUUAUUAUUAUUUUUUUACUUCUGGUUAGUAUUUUCUCUUCCCAUACACAGUUUCUUAAUCCUUACUUUACCAAAACAGGAAAGUCUUUUAUGAUCAGCUUUUAUCAGACAGCAUCAUCAUAGGCUUAGACCAAAGAGUUUCUCUGCAGGUGCUUAGGAGGCCCCUGCCUCAGAGGGAACUAACUCCCAGGCAUCCCUUCACCAGGCCAACUGUGCACCUGAGUAACGUGAGAGGCCCCAUAGCAGGUGCAGCUUAGAAUACAAAGAAAGACUAGUUGCAGUCCUUGUCAUGGAGACAGAGGAUUAUGUGGCAGAUGUAUAUGACAAGUGACACUAUCCACAGAAGAAGGAGGUCUUCCCAGGAUGACAAGCUCUUGGUGAGUGGGUGUGUUCCGGGAAGCAGCCUAUUGACUUGGCUUGACUAAGCUCAUUAGGUGACCUACCUCCAAAGAAAUGUUAAAACACUAACAAUGAGUUCUAUAUCUUAAACCCCUCAACAUACUUGGUUUUUCCAUUCCACUUCUAUGCCAUUAUUUCUUGUUACUUCCUUCACACUCUCAUCAGUAAAUAUCUAAAAGUAGUAUCUCAAUUGUGCCAUGUUCAGUUUUCCCAUAGCUUCAGAAAAGAGGGUAGCAAAUAUGAAGCCUUAAAUUCAAAAUAAGCCAGUCAACCUAGAUAAACAGACCCGAAGCACUGUUGUGUUAAGGCAUUAGCUCUGCUCUACCAGUUCCCCAAAGCAGUAAGUACCCGGCCUAAAAAGGGCGCGAGCCUGCAAGCAUCACACCCUGCUUCUAUUUGCCAAGAACACCUUUAGUAUCAGAAUAAGCACAUUCUAGAUUCGAUCCACAGCAGAUGCUAAAAUGACCUGCUAAAGCACCAGAUAGCCACCCCCAAAGCAAGCAGGAGGAGCGCACUCCUGUGUGCUCGGUGCCAACAGCAACACAGAACUCACGUCUGCGCAGUUCGUCUGAUCACACAAGAUCACACCUUAUUCUGAAAGCAUAGGAAAGAUGUCAGCAGGAAAUGUCAACAUUCUGAGUAACACAGGGUAGGUGGAAGGUGGCCAUAAAAUGACAUCCCAAUUCCCGCACUGGAGCAGCAAAACCCUGAGAAUGAAAAAUGAGGUUGUGUACGACUCCAAACCCUCAUUAUUAUUUUUUCAUGUAGCUCUUGUCAAAUAACAUGACCUUGGGGUCUUCUUUUGAGUUGCACAAUCUUUAUGAAACAAUAAAUUAAAUCCUCCCCCCACAGUGGGCACCUACAUUUCUAAGUGCCCUGCAUUCAGACCCUUCGGGGCUGAGAGGAAGUCUGAAGCGUUCCUGAUUUCCCAGGCAGAAGGACUGUCUGGCAGCCUUUCCCAGUGCACUCAACCAGUGUGUUUGCUAAUUCUCAAACAUGGAUGAGGGAAAGAAAAAUACCCUAUGUUGUAGAAGUUUUCUUUCACAAAUAAUUUGACUUGGUAGAAAUAAACUCGCCUGCCUGCUCUUGAGUAAUGCCAGGCUGCUGUAGGCAAAUGCAGGGGACAUGGCGCCAGGAGCCUUGCUCGCUUUGAAUGCUUCUCCUCACCCAAGUGCAGCAGUUCUUACAUUCAGACUGCAGGGUGGCAUGGCGGCACGGUGCCUGCCGUCUGAACUGUGUUGCUUCAGCUGCAAGUGGAAGGCCAAUUCCCACAGAAGUGAACUUAUUUACCAUAAUUCUUCCUCCCACUGGCCAUGUACAGAAAAUAAUACAGUUAAAUAGAAUUCACUGUUUUUAGAUUUAAUGUCAAAGAGAUUGGUUCUACAAAGUUCACCAGAUACCUCAGGUCAGAAUCAAAGAUAAAAAGGAAUUGGUAGAAAGGGGUCUUGGUUAUCCCAAAUCAUGACCAAAGUAGCCAAAGGCAUAAAACUCCCUUUCACUGGCUGAGCAUCUCCCCUCGCUCUGUGGGAUGCCAGUUACCCAAUACCAUGCCUGACAGACUCAGACAUGUACCACGGACCAAAACAGGAGCCCCAGCCACACACGGGCCACUUCUGUUCAUCGUUUUCCUUCACAAAGCAUUGAGAUUUCUCACUGAAACAACUUUAUGAAUCAAACAUCUAGAAACCUUAUGUUUAAUUUUUGUUUAAAUUGGAUAGCCUAAAUAAGCAACAUGAGUGUAGUGGGGUUGGUAGUGGUAUGAAUUCUGCUGACUUCAUCUUCUGGUUUUCUUUGUGUUUUCCUUGGUCUGGUCUGAUGAGUGCCCUAAAAGACUGGAACUUUCUGAAGUCAUAGCCAUAUAACCACAUAGGGUUAGGAAAAGCCUGGUAGAUGCAGGAGAAUAAAAUAAAGUCAUCCGAGUUCCAAGAGCAGCACUGACUUCUGCAGGAACCUAAGUAAGCUGAAAGCAAAGAUAAAAUGUAUAGAUGAUGGCUGGGCCAUUUACGGGGCAGUCCACUGGCACAGGCCACUUUCCUGGCACAAGCCCACAGUGGGUGGUUGCAGAAAUGUCACCCUCCGGUUGCUUCCUCUGCCCUUCAUUAGACGCGGAGUUUGGGAUGUUGGGGUGGGUGCAGAUGUUCUGUCUGCAAGCAUCAUUUUGGGCAAAGCACUCCAGUGGUUUACACAAUUUCCUUUUAGUGCCAAUAUUGUCAGGUUAAAGCACCUUUAGUCAUUUUUGUUACUGUUUUAAAAUAAUAUAUUUGUGAAGUGGAUAAAAGAAACACUGGAAAUAGGGUGCUUCUUAUAAAAAGUUCAAGUGUAAAACAUACAAACAAGGCCUUUGGUGAGUUUAUCUGGCUUUGUAAGCAAGUCUCAAAAUGAAUGAGAGCGAAAUAUAUAAAGCAGUUAGUUGUCUGCCUUUUACCAUUUUUAACUCAGAUCUGUAUUUAACACUUAUUUAUUUGUUAGUUUUUACAUUCAAAGGAAAUACAUUUUGAACUUUGGCUAACAUUGUAGGAUGUUUUAAAAUUGUCUUCUACUUUUUUAAAACAUGAUUAUCAUCAUUUUUGUAAACUUAGAUCAUUUUUUGAAUAUCCUCUUUUUCUUUUCCAAUGGACCAAUUACCACUUAUAGUUCUGCGGAAACUUUUUUUAUUGUAUUCUUAUAAUAA